AUGCAGCGUGCACUCUCGAGGAGCUCAGCGCUCCGGUCGUCUUCGAAGCUUCGACCCGUCACAGCUGGCUUCAAUGCUCAGCAAUUACGUUUCGCACACAAGGAACUUAAAUUCGGCGUUGAAGCUCGAGCGUCGCUAUUGAAGGGCGUUGAGACUUUGGCCAAAGCCGUGUCUACAACCUUGGGACCAAAGGGUCGGAAUGUGCUCAUCGAGUCAAGUUAUGGAUCUCCCAAAAUCACGAAAGAUGGUGUGACUGUUGCAAGAGCGAUCACCCUUAAGGACAAAUUUGAAAAUCUCGGUGCUCGCCUUAUCCAAGAUGUAGCUUCGAAGACCAACGAGACCGCCGGUGAUGGAACUACAACCGCUACGGUCCUUGGACGCGCCAUCUUCGCCGAGACCGUGAAGAAUGUUGCCGCUGGAUGCAAUCCAAUGGACCUGCGACGAGGCACCCAAGCUGCUGUCGAAGCUGUUGUCGAAUACCUUCAGAAGAACAAGCGUGAUAUUACCACUAGCGAAGAGAUUGCUCAGGUGGCAACCAUCUCCGCCAACGGCGAUACACAUAUUGGCAAGCUGAUUGCAAAUGCUAUGGAGAAGGUCGGAAAGGAGGGUGUCAUAACUGUCAAGGAGGGAAAGACCAUGGAGGAUGAGCUUGAGGUUACGGAGGGCAUGCGGUUCGAUCGCGGCUUCGUAUCCCCAUACUUCAUUACGGAUACCAAGACCCACAAGGUUGAGUUUGAGAAGCCAUUGAUCCUCUUAUCCGAGAAGAAGAUCUCCGCAGUGCAGGACAUCAUCCCAGCUCUUGAGGCUUCUACCCAGCUCCGCCGACCUUUGGUAAUUAUCGCCGAGGAUAUUGAUGGCGAAGCUCUUGCUGUGUGUAUCUUGAACAAGCUUCGUGGUCAGCUACAGGUUGCCGCUGUCAAAGCCCCCGGCUUCGGUGAUAACCGCAAGUCUAUCCUCGGAGAUCUCGGCAUCCUCACGAAUGCUACCGUCUUUACUGAUGAGUUGGACAUCAAGCUUGAAAAGGCGACACCCGACAUGUUCGGUUCUACCGGAUCCAUCACCAUCACAAAGGAGGACACUAUCAUUCUGAACGGGGAGGGAAGCAAGGAUGCUAUCAGCCAGCGAUGUGAACAGAUCCGCGGAGUGAUGAGUGAUCCUACCACUUCCGAUUACGAGAAGGAGAAGCUUCAGGAGCGUCUUGCGAAGCUUUCUGGAGGAGUGGCUGUCAUCAAGGUCGGUGGAUCAUCAGAGGUCGAGGUUGGCGAGAAGAAGGACCGCUUUGUCGAUGCCCUUAACGCUACACGUGCGGCCGUUGAGGAGGGUAUUCUUCCCGGUGGUGGAACUGCUCUUCUUAAGGCUGCUAGUCAAGCCCUUGGUGGCGUCAAGCCAGCAAACUUUGACCAGCAACUUGGUGUCAGCAUCGUCAAGAGUGCUAUCACUAAGCCAGCCCGCAUGAUUGUCGAGAAUGCUGGAAUCGAAGGCUCAGUCGUUAUUGGCAAGCUUAUGGAUGAAUUCGGAGCAGACUUCAACAAAGGAUUUGAUAGCGCCAAGGGCGAGUAUGUUGAUAUGAUUGCAGCUGGUAUUGUCGAUCCAUUCAAGGUUGUGCGAACCGGCUUGGUUGAUGCCAGCGGUGUUGCAUCAUUACUUGGUACAACUGAAGUUGCGAUUGUCGAGGCACCUGAGGAGAAGGGUCCACCAGCUGGUGGCAUGGGAGGAGGCAUGGGAGGUAUGGGUGGAAUGGGUGGUAUGGGCGGAAUGAUGUAA